AUGGCAGCACUCACUGAUGAUGCCGGCGAAACGUUUGAAAAUGUGCCAAGUCAACUGUCUGAUGCUGGAUCUGAUGAUAACUACUACGGCAGAGGACUUUGGACUAGGUGUGUUCUACUACGUCUCCCGGAUUACAAGACCAAGUUACCACUCGUUUGCUUGGUAUUGUUAAGGUCCAGGUCUAAAGCGCAUGCGUGA